AAUCAAAAUGGCGAACGAGAUAACUCACGCACCAAACAAAACAUGGGAAUUGAGUCUGUACGAGCUUCACAGGACACCACAAGAAGCGAUAACCGAUUCUACAGAGAUAGCUGUGUCUCCAAGGAGUCUGCACAGCGAACUCAUGUGUCCAAUUUGCCUAGACAUGCUGAAAAACACGAUGACAACAAAAGAGUGUCUGCACCGUUUUUGUCAAGAUUGUAUCAUCACUGCCCUCCGAAGCGGCAAUAAAGAAUGCCCGACAUGUAGGAAGAAACUGGUGUCUAAACGUUCUUUGAGACCUGACCCUAACUUCGAUGCACUUAUUUCCAAAAUAUAUCCUAGUCGAGACGAAUAUGAAGCACAUCAAGAGAGGGUUCUUGCCAAACUAAACAAGCAACAUAGCACUGCUGCGUUGACACACAGCAUUGAAGAAGGGCUGAGAUUACAAGCUAUGAACAGGGCCCAGAGAGUACGAAAACACGCUACAGAACCAGAUCUUUCCCGACUGGAGACAGCCAGCACAACGUCCAAUGACGCAACCCCAAAGAAGAGACCCAAGCCAUACUCUGAUGACUCAAGUACUGAAAAUUCCAUAGGGGAAGGUGGUUCUGAACUUGGGCACCCUAUUGAGCCUGUUGAAAGAGAAGUACAUGUACCAGUUAGUGACAUUGAGUUGGUGUUCAGGCCUUUGCCGAUUGACUCCGAGUCUCAGGCAGCCCACUUAGAUGCCUCACAGACAAGAUAUAUCAAGACUACUGCCAACGCUUCAGUGGAUCAUUUAUCAAAAUAUCUUGCUAUCAGACUAUCACUGGAAUCUCAGAAGACUGAAGGUGGUGGACCACAAAGUGAUGCCAAAUACAGUAUCCAUAUAGCCAGUACGCCCGGGUGUUACACGUUACUGAGUGGAGUUAUGACCCUGGACCAGGUCAACGAAAAAUACUGGCGAGUUAACAAGCCACUGGAAAUGUACUUUGCCAGUAUGAAGAAGUCCGAGAAAGAAACCACACCCAGCCACACGCCUACCAAGAAAGGCAGUGACAAGUGAACAGUAACAAUUUCAAGGCUUACUCUAAAAAGAAAAUUUUGUAACUUAUUUAAGAAAAUUGUCAAACUGGAUGUAGUUGGUUGUAAUACUGAGCAAAUUCCAAUUUAACUCCUCCAUCCCUGAAGACACAUUUGAAUUCUUCCAAUUCAAAGGUUGAAAUAGUUCAUUGUGAAAUUUCAGGGGUGAAUGAUAUGAGUUAAUGUUUUUAAAGACAAAUAAUUCAAACAACUUAACAGAGUGUUUCCAGUUUCAUGUUUUGCUUGGUUCUGUUAUGACUAGGAUAGCUUUCCAAAAUGAGGAUUUUAGCUUUGUUUGUUUUGGUAGUUAUAUUGUACUGGGGAAAAAUUCGAGAGGAAAACUUAUGGAAGAAAGUAUGUGUUUACGUCCGUGAGCACAGCAUUACACGUUUACAAACUGUAUGUAUGAGUUUGAUAGAGAACAGUGUGGCAUUAAUAGAAUUUCAGCGCCUUGGGAGUGAGAAAGGAAAUCUCAAUUCAAGAGGAAAUAGUCAUAAGUUGCAGAAUUCAAGGCUUGCCAAGUGUUUUACAACUGAGGAAUCUUUUUGCUAUGGGUUCAGAUCCCCCACCCUACCUCAAGGGGGUGAACAUUUUUGUUCUCUAACCCUGCUGGUCCUGACAUAGAAAUGAUACGAUGUUGUCGUUACAGACUUAAUGCAUUGUCGACAUGACAUCAUUGUAUAGUUGAAGUGACGGUAUAUAAUUGUUUGCCUGGGGAAUCCCCCCACCUCAACCCUAGGGUGAGACGAGGAUAACUCCCACCAGGAAAAGUGUGGAAACAAACACCUGUCCAGGGUAAGAGUAAAUACAAAUCUGAAUCUGAGAAGUUGAUUAUUUACUAGCACAUUUAAAAAGUUCAUUUCUCUAUAUGUUCAUCACUCUUUGUAUGGGACAUUACAGCACACUCCUAACCAAGAUAGACACAUCUCGCACAAGGUGAAACCUGUGAUUUGUGUAUUACUGAUAUGAGAAAUCUAAAUGACACUGCCAUAAAAAAAAGAAAUAACCAGUAUUGUAACAUUAUUGAAUGUAUUACAUGUAUACUGCCAAGAGGUUUGAAUAAUGUAGAUCUGUGCAAUGGUAUUAUAAUGUUUUGUAGUAUAUCGUUUAUUGUGUGUAUUGUUUUCAGUGGUACAUUUUGUGUAUUGUUUUCAUUUGUACAUGAAGAACUGUAGAAUGUAUAUAUUCAGAAAUCAGUUAUCAAGAAGGGACCAAAGUGCUUUCCCCUAGUCCCCUAGAAAAUCUUACUGGAAAAGCACGUUUGGGAGAUCUUAAGUUAAUAUUCCAAAUACUUUUCUAAUUUAACCUUGUUGCUUAAUUUAAUACAAUUCCAUCAAGUCCUUUUCUGAGGAACUUUGUUUUGAAUUGCUUCAUUUUACGUAUUAUGAAUAGUUCCCGAUAACCAAUAUCAUGUUAUUCAAAAGUCAGUUCUAGGGCGAUUUUUAGUGUGCUGUCGAUCAUGAAGUGAGUUUACAGAAGUUAAGAGGUAAAUACCUUAUCAUACAUGUAAAUAUUUGAAAGAUUUCUGUGAGCUUUUGAUGUUUUGUUACACGAGUAUUAUUAUAGAAUGUUUGUCUGGAAAAAAUGUUGUGUAUAUAUCUUCUGAUAUAUUUUAACUUUCUUUGUUUUCAUACCAAACAUCUGUCAGAAUUCUAUAGGUUGAAGUCUUCCUAUACCACUGUGAAUGAAUGAAAUUAAAAACCACAUCCAUAGCAACCUGGCAUAUCAGGAAUUAGUGACAUCAUAGUCUUUGACUGUUAAAUGUUAGAGAUAUAUUAAUUUACAAUUUCUCUGUAUCAAACACUUUUAAAUCUAUUUUAUAAUUGUCAGUUUUGCCAUGUUAUUGAAUGUAAGUAUACAAGUGCCAUUAUAUAGUUUUUAUAUGUAUGGACAUUUCUGUUAAAUUUGUGUCAACAUCAUUUGGUAGCCUCGGCCUACAGUACUUCAAAGCUGUAAAUAAUUUACCACAUUCAGGAUAAUUUUAUCAACAGAUUUCUUGUGUUAUUUCUCGUGCUUCAUUGAAGUAGUGAUCAUUGAGCUUCGUAGGUAGUUAGUAUUGAUUACUCUUCGCUGUAAAACAGUAAUGUUUUAAAUUUUGGUGCAUUUGAAUGACAGUAUUUUUUUGACAUUUACCCAGUCGAGAUAUUAAAGACAGGAAACAGGUUCAAUUGUAUAGCAUGGACAAGUCUGAUCGCAGUAUGGAAAUGUUCUGUUUGUCCCUAUUGCCUGUAUUGGAUCAUUGCUGUAUAAGAAGUAGGGCAAUAUUGUGUUUGCAGCAUGUGUUUGUUGUAAAUGAACAAGUUAUAAUAAAGCAACAUUUUUUUUAUUAAA